GUAUAGACAAGAUCCCUUUUAAACAAGAUGCUGGCCCAGCAGAAACUAUGAUGUAUAAACAUUACAAUCCGUCUCAGGUUGUUAUGGGACGUACAAUGGAAGAAUGGCUGAGAUUUUCUGUCUGUUUUUGGCACACCUUUAGAGGAACAGGUGCGGAUCCGUUCGGUUUCCCUACUUUGAUUCGACCGUGGGACGAUGGCAGUAACACAAUGGCAAAUGCGCGUAGGCGACUUCGAGCCGGGUUCGAGUUUUUCACAAAACUUGGUGUGAAGUACUGGACAUUUCAUGAUAGAGAUAUUGCACCAGAGGGCGCUACCCUGGAAGAGACAAAUAAAAAUCUCGACGAAAUCGCUGACCUUGCCCUGGAAUUACAGAAGAAGACAGGGGUAAAGUUACUCUGGGCAACAUCUAACCUGUUUGCACACCCAAGAUAUAUGAAUGGAGCUGGAAGUAACCCGGAUGCUCGAAUCUUUGCUUAUGCUGCAGCACAGGUCAAGAAAUGCCUGGAAGUUGCCAAGAGACUUGGAGCUGAAAACUUUGUAUUUUGGGGUGGACGUGAAGGCUAUCAUACUUUAUUGAAUACAGACAUAUUACAGGAGCAAAAUCAUCUGGCAAACUUCUUUAGAAUGGCUUCAGAGUACAAGAAGAAGAUAGGAUUUACUGGCACAUUGCUUAUUGAACCAAAACCAAAGGAGCCAUCAAAACACCAGUAUGAUUAUGAUGCUAUGACAGUUAUUGCUUUCUUGAAAACAUAUGGACUUGACAAGGAGUUCAAGCUUAACAUUGAGCCUAAUCACACUACACUUGCUGGUCACGGAUAUGAGCACGAUGUUGCCAUGGCAUCUGCAUUUGGCAUGUUGGGCUCAGUUGACUCGAACACUGGUUCACCUGAUCUUGGAUGGGACACUGACCAGUUCCCCAUGGAUAUCAAAAACAGUACACAGGUUAUGAGAGUGAUUUUAGAACAAGGUGGAUUAGCACCCGGUGGUCUUAACUUUGACUGUAAAGUGCGCAGAGAGUCAACCAAUCUCAAGGACAUGUUUAUUUCACACAUAGGUGCCAUGGAUUCAUUUGCAAGGGCCUUGAAGUGCGCGGCGAAGAUCAAAGAAGAAGGGGUAUUUGCGCAACAUGUCAAGGAACGGUAUAGUUCGUAUAGCAGUGGUAUAGGACAGAAAAUUGACCAAGGAACGACAUCAUUCGAGGAGCUAGAGAAAUACACCAUGGAUAACGGCGAGCCCGAGGCAGCUUCCGGUCAACAAGAACAUUACGAGACCAUGAUGAAUUAUUAUGUUUAACAUGGAAACAUUUCAACGUCAAAAUCACGCAGUGUCACGUCUUACAACGUAAUAACAAUAUCUUACAAUGCAAUGUUGCAUCAUCUUAGUUUUACACACAACUGAAAACAUUCAUCUUAAUAAAGAAGGCAUGCUUGAAUAUGAUUGAAGCAAGUAAAAAUCACCCAUGUAUAAUUAAUUGCAAAUGUAUAUUUCUCACAAUAAGGCGAGCUUGAAUAUAAAUAUACAAAUUAUAUACACAUUUCCAAGUAGGUUCAGUGGAAAUUCUUGUGUAAUAUGUUGCAAUAGUUUUGAUGACAUUCAUAAGUGAUCCAAGAACGAAUUAAGAAUAAGGUUAAAAUUUACAUAAUGCAAACUAAUCAAAUGUAUGUAUGUAACACGAAACAGAAGCAUUUUAUAGUAUAAUUUUAUGUUAAGAAGGUAUAUACAUAUUAGGGUAUUAUAUCAAAAUGUAUGUAAAUAGGGAAGUAGUCAUCUAUUACCACAUAUAUGUUAAUGUUUAUAUAAAAUUAUACAUGCAUACAUUAUAUUACAAUAUUCGUACUAUAUAAAGAUUAAAUUGCUGCUGAAAUGAAAA